AUGGAGGGCAAAGGGGAUGUUGAGAGGAGACACAGGUUCAACAUCAAUGACCGCAUCAACAAGCUGGGAAUGCUGAUCCCCAAGGCCAAUGACCUGGACGUGAGCUGGAAUAAGGGCAUCAUUCUCAAGGCCUCUAUGGAUUACAUCCAGAGGAUGCAAAAAGAUCUGCAGAAAUCCCGAGAACUGGAGAACCACUCUUGGCGCCUAGAGAUGACCAACAAGCAGCUCUGGCUUCGCAUCCAGGAGCUGGAGAUGCAGGCGCGGGUCCACGGCCUCCCCACUACAACGCCAUCCGGCGUGAACAUGGCUGAGCUGGCCCAACAGGUGGUGAAGCAGAAACUACCCAGUGAAGAUGGCCCACGGGAGGCUCUCAUGCUGGGGCCUGAGGUCUCUGACCCUGAGCCGAUGCCUGCUCUCCCUCCGCAGGCCCCACUGCCCCCAGCCACCCAGCCACAGUACCCUUUUCAUCACCUGGACUUCAGUCACAGUUUGAGCUUUGGGGGUGGGGGUGAUGAGGGGCCCACAGGCUACCAUGAUCCCCUGGGGACAGAGCAUGGCUCCCCGUUCCCCAACCUGUCCAAGAAGGAUCUGGACUUAAUGCUCCUAGAUGACUCCCUGCUACCCCUGGCCUCCGACCCCCUCUUUUCUACCAUGUCCCCUGAGGCCUCCAAGGCAGGCAGCCGCUGGAGCAGCUUCAGUAUGGAGGAGGGCGAUGUCCUGUGA